AUGUCCGAAUGUACUACCACCCCCGUGGGCGCGGGCCCAGCGCGUGCUCCCCAGAAGAAGAAUUUCUUUGCGACUUUUAAAGGCGUUUUAUCUAUCCUAGAUCCUAGGAAGCUCUAUAAAGGGAGAAGAGUGAGCCCGAAUGCAGGUGCUCAGGUCCAGGAGAAAGCGGAGUCGAUUCAGCGAGAAGGAGAGCUGGCGGGUGAGGAUGGUGCGAAGGGAGAUAGUUCAGUGUCUGCCCCGGAAGGGACUGUCAUACCUCCUGUAAAGCCCAAAGAUGCCACACCUCCAGCUGCGCUGCUGCACUACCUCGCCAUUCUCCACGGCUUCCGGAAGCCACAAGUGACAGAUGCUCCUCAAAUCCCUAGCACACUUUACAAAACCCUCGACGACUCCGAGCGAACCGAGCUACUGAAAUGGGUAACCCCCGUGCCCUACGAGCAGCAUCACAGAUCCGCAGCGCACGCCCGCACCGACGGAACCGGCGCAUGGCUCUUUGAGAGCACCGUUUUCCGGGAGUGGCGGGACUCGAACUCCUCCACCCUGAUCCGACUGCACGGAAUGCCCGGUUCCGGGAAGAGAACGCUCACGUCGCUACUAAUAGAUGUGCUCCUCCUCGACCGCCAGACCCACCCAGGUAUUGAGGGUUUUGCGUACUUCUACUGCGACCCGCGUGACAAGGCUUGUUGGGAUCCUGAUAUGGUGCUCAGGGCGCUGCUGGUACAGCUCUGCACCAACCUUGAUGCUACAGCUGUCUACGGCGCUGUGUGCCGUGCUUGGAAGAAGGGAUAUCUGCCGACAAGAAGCCUGCUCGUAGACCUGCUGGGAGUAUAUCCGCAAAACACAAUCGUGAUAUAUAACCCUAGCUCGGCCCUGUUUGAGAUAUUGGAGGAGGUUGUCUUGGCUACGAAGGGAACGGUGAAGGUGUUUGUGGCCGUGGAAGAGGGUGUGGAGGGGUGGGAGCAGUCUGACAAGAAAUCGCCGGUGAUGGCGCUGGAGAUGGCGAAUGAAGGAGAUAUCGAUACACUUUUGGAUGUUUCCGUUAAAAAUAUGAAGAACCUAGGAGUAGCGGGGGAAAGUGAGGAAGUCGGGCAGCUGAUCCGCUCUACACUGCGGGCGAAGGCGAACGGAUGCUUCCUCUGGGUCGAUCUCCAGCUCAAGAUGCUGUCUCAGCUCUCAUCAAGCGCCCUCGUCCAAGAGUAUCUCCGGUCCCAAAACCUCCCCACCGACCUCGAAUCUCUGUACGAGUACAUUCUCAGCGAACACAUCCACACGCAGCCUGUAACAGAAAAGGAUCUCGCCCAUAGAGUCACCCAGUGGCUGCUCUGCGCUCCCCACGCUCUUUCCCCUGAAGAGCUGGUCGAGGCCACCAACGCCGCCGACAUCAACACCGUCCUCCGGGUGUGCCACAACCUCGUGAUAGAGGACCACGAGACCGGCGUCGUGCGAUUCGCACACCGAUCAAUACCGGACUUCCUGGGGCGCAAGGGCGGGGAAAUCCCACAGGCACACGAGAUGGCCGCAGAGCGCUGUCUCCACUGCCUCACCGCCGAGCCCGACGUCACUGCCGCCGUCGCUGCCGCCAUCGGCGCGCCGCCCGCCCCAGACAGCGAGAAGAUCAAAGAGCAGCUGUUGCGCUUCUUCGGGACAAUUGAAAGGCCGUCUCCGCAGUUUGUCUUCUGGCUGACCGACCCGCACAAUGCCGUGACGCCGUCACUCACAUCUACACCGCUCAGUGUCCUUCCGGCGGCAUGCCACUAUGGCUUUCUAGAGCUGCUGGACUUGACGAAGCCGUUCGACGCAAAUACCCGCACCGCCGCCGAUAGUCUGUCGCUGCUAUCCCUGGCCGCAGGCUCAGGGCACACCGAAACUGUGCGUACGUUGAUCUCGCAUGGGGGGAUGGUAAACCAGGCCGGGAGCAAGUACGGGUAUGCGCUGCACUAUGCUGCCGCACAGGGUCAGGCGGAUGGUGUGCAGGUGCUGCUUCAGAACGGCGCAGACCCCCACCGCAUCGGGUGGAACUCGGAAGCGGCGCUGGUGGCUGCGGUGCGGGGCGGGCACGAGAGCACGGUGAAGGUGCUGUUGCAGCGGGAGGCGGGGAGGAAUGUGAAUGCGGCGUUUGUGGCGGCGGCGGGCAACGAGAGGAAGCGGAUCCUGGAGGCGCUGAUUGAGGCGGGGCCAGACGUGGGGGCGGGCACAGCGACGAUGUGGGCAGCGAUCGAAGCGGCGGUCAGCGGAGGUGUGCCGGAGAACUUGGCGCUGCUCAUUGAGCUGCUAAAGACACGGCGGGGCUUUGAGGGCAUCGCGAUGGACGAGUUUGGCUCCCAUGCGGCCCGGGCGGCGGUGCGGGCGGGAUCGGUGGAGAUGCUGCAGACCGUGUUCGACAUGCUCCCCGCCGCCGAUCUCGACCUGCACUCGCCCGUGUCCGGCAAGACCGCGCUUCAGCUCGCCCUGGAGGCGGGGUCGGCACCGUUAUCCGACUUCCUCAUUGGCCGCGGGGCGCGGGUCACACGGCUCAGGAACCUUCUGAUCAAGCAGCUGCACUGGGCGCGCGAUGAGGCGUGGUUUCCGUCUUUGCUGUGGUUCCUGGGCACCCGUAGCUCGCUGGAUGAGCCUGUUCUGACGCCGCAGGACGUGCGGGAUGUGCAGACGCUGCUGCUGAAGCUCACGGGGCUGCCGGAGAAGGUGGUGAGCAGGAUUCUGCAUCUGGGAGAGUACUGGGUGUAUACGGAGGCGAGUGGGGAGGAGAAGUGGGCCGUGCAGCAGCACCACCCGCAGCAGCCAUAUGUGCAGGUACCGAUCGAGAGCUCGCUGGAGGCGCCGGUGAGGAGGAUAACGUUCUGCAUGCGCUCGCACGAUCAGGGCUGGGCAGACGAUAGAUCACUGUGGGGGACAUACCAUGGCUCCCAUACCUGGUUCGAGGCCGGGCCCGUCGGAGAACAAGGGGCCGAUGGGCGGAAGGACGUUCAGCGGAAUCUGGCGGCGACGUGGGAGGCAAAGACACAUAUGGUUACAUGGGAUGCGAACGAUCCGGGGGCGGAGAGUUGUUGGUUGCGGACGUUGAAGGCGGGACAGGUGCUGGGCGUCUAUCCGCGAGCGCAGUACCCUGGGUGGGUGAAUCAUGUCGAGAGGGUGGAUGUGCGGGUGUAUUGUGCUUGGGCUUGA